AUGUUUUCAGUUACAAAAGACUUUAUGAAUAAAGAUGCUCCUCCAAAUUAUGUUGCCGGUUUAGGUAGAGGUGCAACAGGUUUUACAACGCGAUCAGAUAUCGAUCCAGAUAAUGAAACUGGACUUUUUGCUUCGGCUCCUUAUGAAGAAGAUGAUGAAGAAGCUGACAAAAUUUAUGAGGCUAUUGAUCAAAAAAUGGAUGAAAGGAGGAAAGCUAGACGUGAAGCUCGUGAAAAAGAAGAGUUGGAAAAAUAUCGUGCCGAACGUCCUAAAAUUCAACAACAAUUUGCUGACCUUAAACGUGGUCUUGCUGCUGUUACCGAUGAUGAAUGGGCAAAUCUUCCUGACGUUGGUGAUCUUGUCGGAAAAAAUAGAAAGAAAACUAAUUUAAGAGAAAGAUAUUAUGCCAUACCUGAUUCUUUGUUGGAAAAGGCUAGGGAAGAAAACAAAUACGUUACUACAUUAGAUGCACAACAACAGAAAUUUGGAGGUUUUCAAACACCUGCACCAGAUUCUGGGAUGAUGACAAACUUUAUAGAAAUUGGGCAGGCAAGAGAUAAAGUAUUAAGUUUGAAAUUGGAUCAAAUUUCUGAUUCUGUUAGCGGUCAGACAACGGUGGACCCAAAAGGAUAUUUGACGGACUUGAAUAGCGUGGUCAUUAAAACUCGAUUGUUGCUUAACUCAGUUAUUUCAACUAAUCCAAAACACGCUCCAGGUUGGAUUGCGGCAGCGCGUUUAGAAGAAGUUGCUGGCAAAUUAGCUCAGGCCAGAACGAUAAUUGCCAAAGGAUGUGAAGAGUGUCCGAAAAAUGAAGAUGUUUGGCUAGAAGCAGCUAGAUUAAAUAAUGCUGAUAACGGAAGAACAAUUUUGGCUAAUGCCGUUAGGCAUCUUCCACAAUCGGUUAAAAUUUGGUUGCAAUCAGUGAAAUUAGAAACCGAUCUUAAAGCUCAAAGAAAGGUUUUGAGAAGAGCUCUUGAAUUUGUACCAAAUUCUGUGAAACUUUGGAAAGCAGCGGUCAAUAUGGAAGAAAAUCCAUCGGACGCACGUAUCCUGUUAGCACGUGCUACCGAGUUAGUUCCCCUUUCUGUUGAUCUAUGGCUUGCUCUUGCACGACUUGAGAGUUACGACAAUGCAAAAAAAGUUCUUAAUAAAGCACGUUAUCAAAUUCCUACUUCACAUGAAAUCUGGAUUGCAGCUGCUCGUCUCGAAGAACAACAAGGUAAUGAGAAGAUGACUGAUAAGAUUAUUGCCAAAGCUGUUACAGUCCUCUCUGAAAAGGGUAGUGUGUUAGGACGCGAUCAAUGGUUACAAGAAGCAGAAAAAUGCGAAAGAGAAGGUAGCGUUGGGACUUGUCAAGCCAUAGUAAGAAAUACUAUUGGUAUGGGAGUUGAGGAGCAAGAUAAGAAAACCAUAUGGUUAGAAGAUGCGGAGAGUUGUAUUUCACAUGGUUCCAUUGAAACAGCUCGUGCUAUCUAUGCACAAGCUUUAAAAACAUUCCCUGGUAAAAAAUCAAUAUGGCGUAGAGCUGCAUUUUUAGAAAAAUCACAUGGAACUAGAGAUUCAUUGGAAGAAUUAUUACAGCGUGCAGUUAGAUUUUGCCCUCAAGCUGAAGUGCUUUGGCUUAUGGGAGCCAAAGAAAAAUGGCUUGCAGGCGAUGUUAACGGAGCUCGAUUUAUUUUAACUGAAGCUUUUAGAGCGAAUCCAAAUAGUGAACAAAUUUGGUUAGCUGCUGUUAAAUUGGAAGCUGAAAAUGGAGAAUAUGAACGUGCAAGAAUGUUAUUGCAAAAAGCAAGAGAUCAGGCUGGUACAGAGAAAGUAUGGAUGAAAUCAAUAGUUUUAGAGCGUCAGCUUAAUAAGAUUAUGGAAGCUAUAGUUAUGUUAGAUGAAGCUCUGAACCGAUAUCCUACAUUUGAUAAAUUAUGGAUGAUUAAGGGUCAAAUUGAGGAUGAAAAAGGUGAUAUAUUUAAAGCUAGGCUUACCUAUGCUAAAGCUGUAAAAAAUUGUCCGAAAUCUAUACCUUUGUGGAUAUUGGCUUCUAGGCUAGAAGAGAAAGCAGGCCUUUUAAUUAGGGCUAGAGCUACUCUGGAAACAGGUCGCUUAUUGAAUCCUAAAACGCCUGAAUUAUGGUGCGAAGCCAUUCGUGUGGAAUUGAGAGGGAACAAUAUCAAUAUGGCAAAGGUUUUAUUGGCAAAGGCUUUACAAGAAUGUCCUAGUUCAGGAUUAUUAUGGUCAGAGGCGAUAUUUAUGGAGACUCGUCCACAACGUAAAACGAAAUCUGUUGAUGCGCUUAAAAAAUGCGAUAAUGAUCCCAUAGUUAUUGCAACAGUAGCGAGAUUAUUUUGGUCCGAACGUAAAGUGGAUAAAGCUAGAACUUGGUUUGAGAAAGCAGUAAAAGUUGAUCCAGAUCGAGGAGAUUCGUGGGCAUGGUAUUAUAAGUUUGAAUGUCAACAUGGAACUGAGCAACAUCAGCAAGAUGUAAUUACAAGAUGUGUAAUAGCAGAACCUCAUCAUGGCGAACAGUGGCAAAUUGUUGCAAAAGAUAUGAAAAAUGUUGGCAAGAAUACUGAAGAAAUCCUUAAAUUAGUUGCUAAUGAUCUUGUUUAA